AUGUCUUUUGGUAACCUUAGUAACAGUUUUCAGGCCUAUGACAAUGAUUUUGGGCUAGGACAUAACGGUGCUAGGAUAUCAUUGAACUUUUUUGACGGUAUACCUGAACAAAGUCUUUUGGGCUCUUUAGUAAGCAAUGAUUUAAGAUUAAUUUUCAAAUCUUUAUUAAAGAGAGAUGACACCACUAAAGAAAAGGCAUUGAAUGAUUUGAACGGAUUGAUUGAUACUGAUCUGUCAAAGCAAGUGGGCAAAGAAUCUCAAUUUAAUGAUGAUAUAUUUUUGCUUUGUUGGUCUCAAGUCUUUGCGAAAUUAAUAACAAAUGAAUCGAAAUCCAUUAGAAUUGCAAGUAAUUCAUUUACGAUUAAAUUAAUAUCAUUAUUAAAUAAAUCAAUAUCUAAAUUCUUAAAGGAUUUCAUACCUUUCCUAUUAUUAGGCACAUGUGAUACAGAUGCAAUGGUCAGUAAGACAUGUAAGUUGGAAUUUGAAACUUGUUUCAAUAAUGAUCAAUCGAAAUUGGAUGCACUAUGGAAAGUCUUUCAAGAACAAAUCAUCUCUUUAAUUAAAGAAAUUUUAAUUAAUGAAUCUGUCGAUACUAUUUCCGAUCAAAGGUAUAUCGAUUCACAGGAAGCUGGAUUUAAAUAUAAUAGAUUGAGUACCAGUUCAAUUAAUCUAUUGAUUCUGACAAUAAACUCCAAUGCUGAUACUUACGUGAAGGGAGACUUCAAGGAUACUUAUAAAGAUAUCCUAUCCAGUGAAGCGUUUUGGAAAUCUUUUAAUCUUUUGACUACAUUUAAUAUGAAGAAAUAUCAAGCAAUAUUGAAUUUAAUUUAUAUCCUUUACUCAACCAAUUUUUUCAAAUAUAAUAAAGAUAUAUUUAAAGUUGCAGUUAGGAAUAUGUUUAAAUCAUUGACUCAAAUAAACAAGAAAAAUAUUGCUAAUUUGAAUACUCUUGUCCCUAUGAUAUUAGAUACAUUGGUUAAAUUAUCACAAUAUAAGGAUGGUAGGAUUUGGUCUUACGAUAAAGACUCUGAUAAAAAAUUACAAGGAUUCUUAUCUGUAACCUCUAAGAACGUUACCCCUCAUUAUUAUGAUUCAUUGUUUCAACUUUACGAUGCAACAAAAUCCCUAGAUAUAUUAGACGUUGAGAAAGAAUGGUUACCAAUUUGGGAAAAAAGUCUUGAUGAAUUAAAUGAUAAACCAUUUCUUGGUAGAUUUGGCGCGAAAUUGCUUAAUGAGUUUUGGAUAAACUUUUGCAAGCUUUUGGAACAAACAACCGAUGAUAAUGGAGACUGUUUACAGGAAUGUAUAAUAAAAACAUUAAAAAAUGGAAAUUCAAUGGAUUCACUACCAGACUUGAAGAAGACUUUACAGAACAUCGUGAGUGCAAAUGAGCUAGAGACUCUAUUCGAAGAAAUCAUUUCUGAACUGGAUAAUGAAAGUACACCUUUGCCAAAGCAUUAUAUUUAUAAUGUACUCACCCUAUUGUUCUUAUGUCGUUCAAAUGAAUCUUCUCUGAAAAAACUGUCUGCAUUUACAACUAAUAAGCUGUCAGAAGACCCUUCUGCAUUAGCCCAAAAAGAACUAUUUCAUGUUUGCAAAAGAUUAAUAGAUUCCAAAUCUGAAGUACUGGAGAAUGAAAUUUCGACAAUCGUAUAUGAAUUACCUACAUGGGUAGAAAAAUCAAAUUAUAAAUCAGCCAUGGAUAUAAUUGUUGAAUAUUCUAAUUCAAAAUUCCUAGAAACAAACGAUAAUUGGUUAUCCUCUUUACAAGAUUUUUUUACAGUCUGCUUAUCCCUUGAUAUUGAAUCCUCCGAAAUGAUUAGUUUGAUCUCAUCUAUAAACAAAGAGUGCUAUGAACAGUUGAUAUCCUCCGAUGAGACGAUAAAGGGUUAUGUGACGAAUUACAUUAAUAACUUUUCCUUUGAUAACAUUGAUCAACUAAGGACACUUUUUCAAUCACCUCUUCUUAAUGAAGAACUAUUGUUAAAUAUUUUCACAAACGCAGAAAAAUCUCAGAAAAUACCGGAAUUUGUUCAAUGUGCUCCAUUAUUGUCAGAAAAACUAAAGAAACAUGUGCUUUUUGAUUCAUCAUUUCUUUCGAAGACAAUGUUCUCGAUAUCUGAUGAAACAACUAAUAAAGUAUAUGAUAUGGUAUCUCCAUAUAUUAGUGCAUCCACUUCUGGUGAUGGUACUUUAAUUAUUAAGAAGUUAUGUUCGAUCAUUAUAAAUCACGUCAAGCAUUGCAAAGUAAUUGUGACAACUGCUAAUGCAGACAUUUUUGAAUGCUCGAGGAUCGCCAAUGAUAUAAUUAAGAUAAACCCAAAAGCUAUACAUAAUUUUAUUCCUGUUCAAAUCGAUGAGUUUUUCUUAGAUUACGUUCCGCAUAUUGAUAGUAGAGUUGCUAUAACUAGCGCCAUGUCUAUUAAUUCGUUUUUACUUCCAAUGAAUGAUGAACAUCAAGAUGUUUCAAAGUGGUUAGAAGUUAUUAAAUUUGGUUUAUUCCUAGAUUAUUUGGUUUUAGAAAAUGAAGACGUACUAUCUGAUGAAUUGAUGGUUCUAUUUUCAAUAAUAGCAGAAUUGGCAGACGAUUACAACUCUAUAUCAGAUAAUCCGGACCCAGCAUUGUGUGAUUUUAUACACACUCUACCAAAAUCAGAAAAAUCAAAGGAUAUAUGUCUUGGAAAUACUUUGGAAAGUAUAACUAAUAAGAAUGAAGAGUGUAAGAAUAUUUUAUCGACAAUUUUAGCGGACAUUAAUGAUGUCACUACUUUCUUUAAGUUUAGAGUACUUUAUAGGGCUCUAGAGAAUGAAAAUGACAAUAUAUCAAAACUUGCUCUAAUUUCUUUUAUUCCAUCAAUAGAGAAAUAUGUUACCGAAACCGUAAGGGCAAAGGAUACCAGUACUGCAAGGUAUCUAUUAAGUUCCAUUUUAUUAUCUUUAUUAUCGAAGGUUCCGCAACAUGAAUUGUGUACUAAGUUAAGAACUCUUUUGGCCGCAGACUGUAUAGGUAUUAGAGAGUCUGAGUUGUUACAAAAAAAGAAUAAGACGAAGCAAUCAUUAAUUCUGUUGACAAACAUGUUGAAACUGGAUAUUACCUCCUCUAAUACAAAUGAUUUUGUGCCUAUUUCACCACAACGUCUGAAUAUGGUCAUUAAGACAAUUGAAAAAUGGUUAGAUAGUGAUAUUAUUUACGAGCCAAGUUUUAUUGGGAUGCGUUUAGUAUUGCUAAAUUUCUUCAGUCUGAUCAUGAAGUAUCCCUCUGUUGUAGAUAUGAACGGGUCCAUAUUGGAUAUUGCGGGUAAAUUACUAGUCGAUUCAUUGACGAUGUGUCAAUUAGACGAUACACCAUAUUUAUUAUCUCUAAGAACAUCCUCAUUGCAACUAUGUAGCACCAUUGAACAAUCACGUCCCACCGAGACAUUUGAAGAGGAGUUUCGAAGUGAUAUUAAGAGUGUGAUUCAAGAGUUAUGUUUUAUUGAAUUCCAGUUAGAGUCGAAUAAUCAAGUCUCGAUAUCUUUUUACAGACAGCUCCAUAAAUAUAUUUCCUCCUAUGCUAAAUCUAAGGAUCUUCUGUCAUACUAUGAUAGAUUUUUAAAAGCUUUCUUAUCCUUCAACUCAAAGAAGUUUAAAUCUGUAAGCCAAAAGCGUUUAAUUACUCUAGUAUUAGGUAGAAUUAUUAAGGAGAGACAGCAAAAUCAAGUAAUUGAAUUUGAGCUGAAACAGCAGCAACUUCAUCCACAUUCUCAUGACGACGAAGAUAUGUUUUUCGACGCUCGUGAAGAUGCAGAUGAUAAUUCAGAUGAUAAUCCACAGAAUGAUGAUGACUUUAAAAUUCCUAUUGAAUUGAUUAACAAAUUAAACGAUGACUUCCCAACUGAAUAUAUAGAAUAUUGUGAAAAUACUAUGUUUAUCACAUACCUAUGGAAUUGGCAUUUAACUUUACAAUUCUUCGAAAAUAUAUCUUAUAAAAUGCGUCAAUUAUAUAUCGAGCAAUUAAAGGAACACGAUUUAAUUAACAAGAUGUUUGAUUUCGUCAGUGACCAAAUUAAUCUAAAUGAUAUCAAUUUCUUUAAAGAACAACUAGCUCUUUAUGAUAUUGGACAUUAUUCCAAGAUGGAAAAUGAAUUCAUGACAUAUAAUGAUGAUUUAUCUAAUGAGUCUAAAUAUUUGAUGGCCCAUUUGAUGUAUGAACUAUUCAAUAAUGUCGGGUCAUUGACUAGUGCAUGGUUUUUAAAUAUUAGGGAUAGGUCAUUACAAAACAAAAUCGAUAAAUUUGUCUCUCAAUUUAUAUCUCCAUUACUAAUAUCUAGUGAAAUUUACGCUGUCUCUAAAAAGGUUGACGAUAUGGAAAAGAAAGAUGAUGCUCUUUCUAUCAAGAUUAACCAAGUUACCAAUGAAGUUAAGGCAAGUUAUCUGAUUGACGAACAAAAUUUGGUUAUUUCUUUUAAGUUACCAAGUAAUUACCCUCUGAACAAUGUAGAAGUCAUAGGUGUCUCAAGAGUUGGUAUUACAGAACAGAAAUGGAAACAAUGGAUUAUGUCUACUCAACAUGUCAUAACAGGUAUGAAUGGUUCUGUUCUUGACUCUCUAGAAUUAUUUACCAAAAACGUUCAUCUACAAUUUUCCGGUUUCGAAGAAUGUGCAAUCUGUUACUCAAUCUUACAUGCAGUUGAUAGAAAAUUACCAACAAAGAUAUGUCCAACUUGUAACAACAGAUUCCAUGGUGCUUGUCUAUAUAAGUGGUUCAGAUCAUCUGGUAACAACACUUGUCCAUUAUGUCGUGGUGAAAUUCCAUUCAGAAAAUAG